AGUCUGAGAAGGGUGAGGAGGAGAGGAAGAGGAGGAGAAGGAGGGAGAGGGAAAGAAGGGCGAAGAGGAGGGCGAGGGUGCCUGGGCCGGUGGGAGGAUGGAGGCCAUCUGGCUGUACCAGUUCCGGCUGAUCGUGAUCGGGGACUCAACGGUGGGCAAGUCCUGCCUGAUCCGACGCUUCACAGAGGGCCGCUUUGCCCAGGUCUCGGACCCCACUGUCGGCGUGGACUUCUUCUCCCGUUUGGUGGAGAUCGAGCCUGGCAAGAGGAUCAAGCUCCAGAUCUGGGACACCGCGGGACAGGAGAGGUUCAGAUCGAUCACCCGCGCCUACUACAGGAACUCAGUCGGUGGCCUGCUCCUCUUUGACAUUACUAACCGCAGGUCCUUCCAGAACGUCCACGAGUGGCUCGAGGAGACCAAGGCCCACGUCCAGCCCUACCAGAUCGUCUUUGUUUUGGUGGGCCACAAAUGCGACCUUGACACCCAGCGACAAGUCACCAGGCAUGAGGCCGAGAAACUGGCCCUCGCCUACGGCAUGAAGUACAUUGAAACCUCGGCCCGGGAUGCCAUCAACGUGGAGAAAGCCUUCACCGACCUGACUCGGGAUAUAUAUGAGCUGGUGAAACGGGGAGAAAUCACCAUCCAAGAAGGCUGGGAAGGGGUCAAAAGCGGGUUCGUCCCCAACGUAGUGCAUUCCUCCGAAGAGGUGGUGAAAUCAGAUAGGCGAUGCCUGUGCUAAUGGAUGGAGUCCAAGCGAAGGAGGAACCGAGGCUGAACGUGACGAACCAAAACAUACCCUGCUAUACAGACUUGGUGUGUUGGAAGGAUUAUGGAAGGAUACAAAUCUAUAUAUAUGAAAAGAAAGGCUGUGGUGGUGGUGGUGGUAGUAGGGCCGGCACCGAUCCUUGGUGCUUUGGACUUCAGAAGAACAAAAUCGCGAGGGGCUUUGUAAACUCCAUUAUGUAGGAAUGAACCCAGAUGCAUGCUAUAUAUUGUAGGAGACGGGGUGAAGUCAGACAGCAAAGGUCCAAGGAGUAGUAAAGCGUCAGGGCAUUUUACACAGCCUUGUUCUGAACAAAUCUGCCCUUGAGUGCUUUGUUUGGAAACCACAGUCUGAUUAGCCUAUUGAUAAGAAACAUAUUUAGAGGAGGAGAAAUACAGAGAGAGAGAGAGAGAGAAAAUGUGGCUUCUAUUAACAUUAUAUUUUUUAGGGAUAUUAAAACAUAACCUGGUUGUUCGUCCCUUUGCGCUCCCUUGCUGGUUAAUACCAAAAGGGAAAAACAUGUGUACAGAAAGAGUUGAGAUAGCUAGGCCUAUACCUUGGUACAAUCUAAACCCCUUUUAAAGGAAAAAAAAUGUUGGUCGCAGAGACCCAUUCGAAACGCAGCCCCCCCAAAAUCAAAUUUUCUUCAUUGGUCAAGCCCUUUCUGAAGGCUUCUGCUCCCAGGAAUUUGAUGGCUCAGCCAUUGCUUCUCUGGUAUUAAACUGGAAAUGUCACCAGGGUUUUUUUGUUACUGUAAACGCUUGCCAUCAGUUCUGGAAAAAUCCUCAGCUGCGCAUGAGAUGUAAUUCAAGUGUGGAUUCAGCCGACAUCAAGCUUGAGGCAAUUUUUGCCUGUUUUUACACAUGUAAACUUGCCUAUAAUGAAGGAUCAGGGAAGGAAAGAGGGAAAAGGAAAUGCAUCUCAAGGGAGAACGCCAGGUUUUCAUAAUGAUGCUUUUGCUUUGGGAGAAAGCGGGUUCAAAGGCAACACAGGGUUUGCUCUUUGUGUAUUUCCAUUUACUAGCAGUUGAAAGAGAAGCCCAGGACAGGGUCUGUGACGAAGGAAGGCAAUAGAAGAGUUAAGGAGAGGUGCAAGAAAGAAAUGUAAGCUUUUGACAGCAGGAUUUGCUCUGACUUGGUUCAUGCAGGUUUAAGGAAGGCUUGGUUUCUUCCAUAGACCAUCAACCCGUUGGGUUCGGCAAGGAAGAUGUGAGAGUGAAGGAAGGUCUAGGGACAAGAUAAUGUAUUGCAAGAUACAUAGUGGCGUUAUUUUGUUUUUGCAAAUAACUUGAUGUGGGUGAUGUUGUAGAGAGGGAUUUGAAGGUCCAAGAACACAAGUUCCUUGUGCGCCACUGGAUUAUACAAGAUGCCUGCCUAACCAAGAUUAAUCUGUGUUAUCUCCUGAUGCACCGCCACGCUUUGUAUCAUGGAUCAUUUUGUUUAAAAAGCCAGGCUGUUAUCUUAAGACACGCAUGAGAGUCUGGCUUUAAAACAAAAGGAAAUGCUGCUGGAAUCUCUCACAUGCAACUUUGAAAUUUCAGGAUGUGCAAAUGCACAUGGAGGGGAAAGGCAGCACAGUACGAUCAUUUUAUUUCUGCACAUUAGCUCAAGUGUGACUUUUGCAGCCAUACAAUGGCAAAUGUGGAAGAAGUAUAAUAUAAGCAUAAUUUGGUUGUGUUGAAAAUAAGAAGUAGAGGAGCUUCGUAGUCAUGGAAAGUUUAAAAAUCUGAGCUCAUAGUGAUUCCCAAACUUUGGUCUUCCAGAUGUUUUGGACUUCAGCUCCCAGAAGCCCCAGUUUGACUGACAGGAAUUCUGGGAGCCGGAGUUCAAAACAUCCGGAAGUAUCUAACCCAUAUAAAGAGUAUGAAAUAUGAAAACAAUAGAUGAAGUACAUAGGUUCAAGGUAUGUUACUGUUGGAUGGUUGGACCCAGGUAUACAUUGCAUUCAGUUUUUUGGAUGACAGUUCCCAGCAUUCCUGAGCCAAGGUUUAGGUUAGUCACGUUCUUGGUUAGUGCAAACGCAAAGGUGAUCAAUGGGGGGGGGCUUAUUGUACUUGUGACUAGGUCCCAUCAAAACACAAUUAAAUCUGGAUCUUCACUUUUGUAUCUCGAAAGGAUUUGAAGUUCUAGGGUUAACGUUAUGGAAAAGGCUACCCCAAAUGUAAGUUGUAUUUAGGGCUGGAGACAUGAAGGCCAGGAGGAGGACAAGCAGAGGAAAAAUGUCUCCUCUUAAUAUUAGUUGAUUAAAACUACUUUAAUUAGGAGACAAAUUCCUAGAUAAACAGCUGAUUUACUAUAUUAUAUAUACACAUAAAUUUGCAAGUAAGAAAAAUGUCUCUAAAGGAAUAGGAAUUGGUUUUAGAUCAUGCACAUGUCAGAGGCAUUUCAUCGCUCUCACUGCUGCCUUCUAGGGAUGUUUUGUUUCUCAGCUUUUCUUUUUUAAAUGUGAAAACUUGAAGUUUCUCAUUCAUACAUGAUUAAAUGUUGCAGUUUACAAGCAGUUUCUAAGGCCAAAUAGGUACUAUCGCUUUUUUUAAAGGGUUAGCGAUUUCCAUUUUAUCUUGUCAUUACUGUUUUUAAAAAGCAGUUUUUGCCAGGUGCUAGAAGACGCGCUUCAGUACCUUACGGUGCAAUGGCUUCUAAGAUCACCUCUCAACGCUGGCUUUUACAGGCGAUGGUUGUUUUGCAAAAAGCAAAAGAACUUAAACUUUAAGUUCAUUGCGUGUGCCUCGGCAUACUAGUUUUACACAACAUAUCACACACACACAGACAUCGGUCCAAAUCCAAAGGAGGCUGGUUCCCAGUAAUGCUUUUAAAGCAGAGGUGGAAAAAUCUGGCCCUCUGUGGAUUUCCAACUUUUCUAUCUUUUCUUCUAAAACAGUUAAUGCCUCCCCAAAAAUUUAAUUACUGACAGUAACAAUUUUAGUGGUUUUAGAAAAAUGCUACCAUUUUGGGUCCCAUACUUUUUGCCUUUGGUCCCAAUGACAACUUGAAUGCAACUCCCUUCCCAAACCUUCAGGUAAGAGUACUUGCAACUAGAGACCGAUCAUUGACCAACAACUAAUCCUAUACUUUUCGUCAGGGUUUGGCCAACUCUCCUCUGGAUUUGAGCCACUAUGUUGAAGGCAACUAGCCAAGUAUUGGUGCAGACACCGUUAUCUGAAAGUGAAGGUAUCUGUUUAGUACAAGAUGCCAAGACUUAAGCUUGGGACCUUCAAGCAUAUCCUUUCCUAGUUUUGCCAGAGCAAUCCUAAGCAUUUAGAAACCGGCCCAAUUGCGAUUGUAACCACUUUCUCCUUGGUUUUUAUGUUUCAUAAGCAAACCAAUAAUGCACACAUCUCAACUACAUCCUUUGUGGGGAAAAUUAAAAAUCUUCUAGUUUCCAGUAUGUCUCUUUCUCUCUAAUAUGGACGCAGCAGAUGGUAGGAAAUCUGCAUGUAUCUAUAAUCAUGUUACUGUCUUUGAAUUGGUAUUGUAUCAUGCGUUGCAAUUAGAAAAGAAGGUACAAUGUAUAGGAAACGUAAGAUCCUUUUACAGGCCCAAAUCUGAUCCUAACUCCUACAAACCCAGUGAAUCCAUGGCUGGAUGGUAAAUUAACACUUAUUCAAAUCCUGUUCAUUUCAACAAAUCUAUUCUAGCUGGGAUUAACAAUUGGACGUCGGCCGUAAUUCGGAUGAAACCCGGCAACGUAAUUUUAAAUAAGACAUUACGGACAAUGUCUAGUUCCUAGUCCCUACCAGAGUAGACCCACUGAGUAUCAAUUCCUGAGAGCUACGUCUUCACUUAUAGAAAUCCUAUUGCUUCAGCCUGUUUAAGUCAGGCUUAGCAGUUGGACUUAAGCCUCAAAGCUCUCCUGGGGAAGAUAUCCAUUUCACUAUCUGCACCUAUAAGCACAUAUUUGAUUUUCGAAAUUCUAAAAGGGACUGAUACAUUGUGUUUUACAGUUCUGUAUUGCUUUUAAGCCAGGUCUGAACUGGGAGAUAUGGGUUGACCUUACUAGAGCAAAACAACCCCAAAGUCCACACAGACGCCAGCAAAACUUUAUCUCAGGCGUGCAAUUGAUUCCCAAACUUUGGUCCUCCAGAUCUUUUGGACUCCAGCUCCCCAAAGCCCCAGCCAUCUUGGCCAACGGUCAGGGAUUCUGGGAGCUGAAGUCCAAAACAUCUGGAGGACUAAAAUGUGGCAAGAGUAACCAAUUUCAUUUCUUCCCCGUCUCAGUACAAUGUAUAGGAAAGGAAAAAUCCUUAUAGGUAAAUUUAUAGGCCUAAAUCUAAUUCCAACUCCUACAAACCCACUGAAUGGUAAAUUAACACUUAUUUAAAUCCUAUUUGUUUCAACAAGUCUAUCCUAGCCGGGAUUAACAACUGGACAUUAGUCCAUAAUUCGGAUUAAACCCGGCGACAUUUGAUAUUGCCUUAUAUUUUUAGGCAGCUUCUAUAAAUGAUCAGCAAGGGUCGGGGGGAAAUCCUUCUGUACAGAAAUAGAAAAGGGGCUUUGUAAGAUGAAAACCUCAUUUUUCUUAACCGGCUUUAGCCGCAAAAGAAAAAUCUGAGACUGUAAAAAAAUUUAAAGGAAGCUUUCUUUUUCUUUUGUCGCUUUCUGUAAAGGGAAGGGGGGAAACCCGGACAAAACAAGACACCAAUUUCACAAUCUCCGUCUGCAUGUUGGAUUCAAAAAUCCUUCUGUACCUCCAGGUUCAAUACAAACCAACCAACAAACGCUUUUCUAUUGUACACACUUUUGCCCUAGCUUUCCGUUGUAUGCACUGUAAUGAAAUGUGACAAUAUGCUGUAUUUAGCUGUGCGUGAAUGAAAAUGAUGCUUGUACCUAGCAAAACGGUUCAUGUGAUUAUGUGACAUUCGAAACUUGUAAAGAAAAAAAAUCCUUGCAUUGUAUUAUUAUUAUUAUUAUUAUUAUUAUUAUUAUUAUUAUUACUAUUUCUUCCUCUUAUUUUUCAUCAAGCCGUCUAGUAACUCUGUAUCCAGCAACUGGGGAAAAAACCCUGAUACAGAGUAAUCGGGUAAUAAUAAAAAACGUUAAGAUGCUGUUUAAUAACAGAAUCCACCGGCGUUUUUCCGACUCAAAAACGAUGCGCUCGCCCAUUGUUCCACGGUUUUUCAAUGAGUCAUUCUUCUGCAAAAGGAGCCGGAAUAGU